UUAUUAAUUUUGUAUUCUUUUCAGAAACUUGUAUUAAAUGGGAACUGGAGGAGCACCAGCAGCUUUGGGUCCGAGUAGAAGCAAACCCAGUCAUUUAACCUGGAAGUGGCUCCAUCUGACCUGGGAGCUUCAUUGCUACCUAAUCCAUCUGUCCAGUCCUACUUUUACAAUUCAAGCUAUCUAGGUUGCUGUAGUCCAGGAAUUAAGUCUAGUGUGAUCUGUGAGCAGUGAUAAAACAUUUAAAUUUCAAAACUUUAAUCUCUAGUUUUCAUUUUUGUAUCCUGGAUAGUAUCCAGAGAAAACCAGUGUUAAGCUAUUGAUAAAUAUCCACGUUAUCCAGUGCCUUAUAUCAAUUAAUCAAUAUCCAGUGAAGAAACCCCUUAUCGAUCAUCCAGCGGGCAAAUUCUGUGUCAAUCACCAAGUUGUUUACUUUGCAAAUAACAGUAUGCUUGCGACCGGAAUGACCGGCUUGCUUGCCCGGCGCGCUACAAUCAUCAGCAAAAGACGUUAUUCAGUUGAGGUUAUGGUGUCACAGAGUUCCAACCUGUUAUCCAACACAGCUCUGGAGGAGUGGAUUAGGCGAAACAUGAACUUCAAGCAGAAGAACCUUCUCCUUCUCUCCAGCAGUCUUAGCAACAAGGGGAGGAAUAUCAAGGCAUGUUUCCUCGGUGAAGCUGGUCUGAGGAAGGAUACGCAAGCUAACCUAGUGUUCCAAUCUAUACCUAGAGAUGCUGUUCUUACCCAGCUACCAGAGAUCUGCCUGGAGGAUGGAGAAGGAUCUAUCCGAGUAUCUGUUCCCCUGGAGAACAAUGGGGAAACCUCUGCACUCAAUACUAUUCAGAAUAUUGCGGAGAUGUUCAUUAGGAACGAAAGAGGAGAAGAUGAAAAGGGCUCUGGUUGUAGAUUGAGCCUGGUGAGACCCGACCAUGGUUGGUUUCCUGGGAUCGAGGAUAUUGAGAAGGAACUGGAGAUGAACUUGGCUGAGAUUCAAUCCAUUCAAAGGGAGAAAAAGGCCAACCGGUCCGCAGUCGUCUAGUUGAUUUAUAAGGCUAACGCUAGGUGUCUCUGCUUUAUAAACUUAAAACUUCUGAUUUACAACUAGAUAUCAUUGUUUUUGGUAGUUAAACAAAAUCUUAAAAACUGCUAUGAAUAUCUGCACUAUCCUUGUUUCUGUAGUCUUAGUUAGUCUAGCUUUAAUACGAUAUUCAAUUAAAUUUAACGCUGUGUUUGCAUCACAUUUUCUUAGCAAAACUGCUGCAGUGAAAACCGUAAAAGAUUCAAAAUGAUUGUUUUUUCAUUAAUAAAUAUGACAGUUCAGUCGAUUAUUAUUUUCGAAGAAAAAUCUAUUUAUUUUGAAACAUUAAGGUCUUCACUGUACUGUAAACGUACUUUUUGCUUGUUUAAUGCAGUUCAAUUAGUUACUGUGAUAAAUUAAAGUGCCUUUAACAAAACAAAUUUACACCAAACCUCUGGACGAAAGAAGCUUUAGAAAAAUAUAAGAAUGAGCUGAAUCUUUUUCAGUCCCAACCUUGCAUUUUUCGAGCUUUUGUAUAUCCUUGCCGCGAUUUACACGCGUUUAUUUAAAGCAUUUUUCACGUUUUUUACACCACUUUUUAUCGUGUUUUCACACUAUUUUAUGUUUCCUUUACAUGCACAAUAUUUACAAAAUAUAUCAAUGCAAUUUUUCAUAUUUAUACUCUUCGUAUUUAUCA